GGGUUCCCGCUCCACCAGGAACGAUCUAUAGUGCAGCUGCCACCACAUCUACAACUUACAACAGUGGCAAUGCGCCUCCACAGUCGUCAUCUUAUGGAAACGGUAGUUCUUCGUAUAAAAACUCAUCAAAUUAUAGCUCAUCUUAUACUUCGUCUUCACGUUAUGGUAAUGACCGUGGAGUAGAUCGUUCUUAUGAUGACCGCAGUCGAAGAGAUCGGAAAGAGUAUGAUUCUCGUGGCAGCUCACAUUAUAGAGAACGCAGCCCCGGAUAUGAUAAAUAUGGAAGUAGUGGUGAGCGUUAUGCCAGUUCUAGCUAUCGACCCAGUGGCAAUACAACACACCAAAAUGAUCGUAUGACAAAUCUUGGAUCAGGCUUGACAAGACAAGAUUGGGAUUUUUCAAAACUUCCUAAAUUUGAAAAGAACUUUUAUCGAGAACAUAUAAAUGUCAUUUCACGUUCUCAAGUCGAAGUAGAUGAAUACCGGAAAAAACAUGACAUGAAAGUUUUUGGUCUCGAUAUCCCAAAACCGGUCGAAACUUUUGAAGAAGCCAAUUUUCCAGCCUACGUCUUGAAUGAAAUUCUCGACCUAGGUUUCACUUCCCCAACGCCAAUCCAAUCACAAGGAUGGCCAAUGGCACUUUCUGGUCGUGAUGUGGUGGGUAUUGCUGAAACUGGAUCUGGGAAGACCUUAGCUUACUGCUUGCCUGCUAUUGUUCACAUAAAUGCACAACCCUUUCUUCAACCUGGUGAUGGACCUAUUGUUCUUAUUCUUGCACCGACACGUGAAUUGGCUGUGCAAAUCCAACAAGAAUGCACGAAAUUUGGAAAGUCAUCAAAGAUCAAAAAUACCUGCGUUUACGGUGGUGUUCCCAAAGGUCCUCAAGCACGUGAACUUUCUCAUGGUGUUGAGAUUUGUAUUGCUACACCUGGUCGAUUAAUCGAUAUGUUAGAAUCAAGGCGAACCAAUCUCCGCCGAGUGACAUAUCUUGUAUUAGAUGAAGCUGAUCGUAUGUUAGAUAUGGGAUUUGAGCCACAAAUUCGAAAGAUUGUUGAACAAAUCAGACCAGAUAGACAAACCCUUAUGUGGAGUGCUACUUGGCCAAAAGAAGUCAAACGCCUCGCAGAAGAUUAUCUUCAUGAUUUCAUUCAAGUAAAUAUCGGUUCUUUAGAUCUGUCGGCAAGUCAUAACAUUUCUCAAACUGUUGAGAUUUGUACUGAAUACGAAAAACGAAAUAAGCUAGUCAAACAUCUUGAACGUAUCAUGGAUCAAAAGGAUAAUAAAACAUUAAUUUUCACUGGCACAAAACGUACAGCAGAUGAGAUUACAAAAUAUUUGCGCCAAGAUGGUUGGCCAGCGCUUGCAAUUCACGGUGAUAAGGCGCAAACUGAACGGGAUUGGGUUUUAAGCGAAUUUAGAAGUGGCAAAUCACCGAUAAUGGUUGCUACUGAUGUUGCUUCUAGAGGAAUCGGUAAUGUCCCCCUAAAAAAUGCCAGCAGUAGCCGCGGGCAACAAGAUCUUGUCUAUGAUUUGAUAUUUGGAUUGAGCUCUGACCGGUUCAAAGUUGUUACGUUUCAUCACGUAAUCUUUCGAUGGCCUGCCAUAAGUCAGAUUGCUAGAAGAAAUGAUCGUGCUGAUGAAGACUUAUGGCGACCUAGUCUAGCUCAGGCGGUUUUGAGUACUCAUGGCAAUCUGGCCGGCAUAUGUGAUUUGAUUGAUUUGCUCACAAACAUUUUUUGGACUCCAGAUGUUAAGGAUGUUAAGCUCGUUAUUAAUUAUGACUUUCCGACUAAUGUUGAGGAUUAUGUUCAUCGAAUUGGGAGAACAGGGCGUGGUGGUGCUAAGGGCUCUGCUAUAACGUUUUUCACAAUGGAUAAUGCUAAACAGGCUAAAGAUUUGGUGAACAUAUUGCGUGAAGCUAAUCAGGAGGUUGAUCCAAAACUUUUAGAGUUUAUGAAGAUCGCUUCAGCUAGUACUCCUGCAGGCCGUUCAAGAUACAAUAAUAAUGGUAAUGGUGGACGUGGAUAUAAUUCUGGAGUUAGUAGUCGCACUCGUUGGUAA